AGUCAACAGAAGUUCGAGGCCGAUCAGAUGGAGAGGGUUGCCAGGUAUGCAGCGGAGCGCGGACUCGAUGUGCCUGGCAGGGGUGGUGCAAGCGGAGGAGAGGCGGGGCGGCAUCCGGUGGAGGGAGGGGUCGGGGGAGAUGGUGGGCAUGGUGCGCCAGACCCCACUUUGGGUGGUGGAGGCGGUGAGACGGAGGAGGGCGUGAUCCACGACGAUCGCGAGGCGCGUGGUCCGGGCGAGGAAGGAGUCCCAGAACGGGAGGACGUGCCAGAGUUUUAUCCAGGCACUGGGGAGAGGUUGGAGGACUGGCGGAGGCGAGCAGGCAAGGGAACUGCAACGGAGGGGUCUUCCAAGAGGAAGGAAGGAGGAAGUGAUCCGGCUGCCACCCCAGCAAGAGGCUUCGCCAGCAGAAGACGUGCUUGUAUUUUUCGUCCCUACCCCAGGGAGGACGACUCAGACGAGGAUCCGGUACCCGAGGCGGCAGAUGACCCUGUGCUCCGCAUUCACCGCGAGAUCAACGAGACGCACGAGGAUCCCGACUCCGCGGAGACGAGGGCACACACUACACGACGGGGGGCGGACCGGGAGAUGCUGGGGGGAGAGGAGUUUUGGGGCCCAUUCAGUGAGGUCGCUUCCACGGGCGGCCCAGAGGCGCAGGCGACGACCCCCACUCCGACGAGGCGGGAGUCGUCCAUGCCGCCACCUCCUGCUACGAGUCCUGCACCACCAUCGCCCGUCUCGCCACUUCAGUCAGCCAUGGCAACGGCGGACAGGGAGGAGUUGGGGUCCUCUUUGCCUCAGCGCGGACUUCUCCACAGAGGCGGGGCAGUCCGCCAGCUGAGGUUACGAUCACCUUCCCCGGGGAUAUUGCAGGAGGAGGGGCCACCGUCGGCAGCAGCAGUGGAGAGUUCGGUGGCACCAGCGGCGGUGCCGAACGCGACGAUCUUAGCCGCGGUGGAGGAGAUAGCAGCAGCAGCAGCAGCAGAAGCAGCAGUGCUGGAGAAGAUGGCAGCAUCAGUGCUGGAGGAGGAUCCACCAGCGGCAGGAGGAGGUGCAACAGUGGAGGGGCAGGUGGCAGCAGCAGGAGGAGCAGGUGGAGGAACAGCAGCAGUGGAGGAGGAGGGGGCACCGUCAGCAGCUGCAGUGGAGGGGGAGGUGCCAGGACCAGUGGAGGAGGAGAUAGCCGCACAGGCUGAGGUGCAGCGUGGGGGCGAUGACGAGCGCCUCAUGCAGCAGUUCCAUACGGAGGAGCUCGAUCCGGUCAUAGAGGGUAUGACCCCGGGUGUGGCGAGGGGGUUUGGGAUUUCGGAUUCGGAGAUAGGGACCCACUUAGACUUAGAUUUGUCGAUGGGCCUUCCACCUAGUUGCAGCGGGGAGACAUCGACGGAUCGGGCUCCAUCGAGGGACGAUGCGCCACGACAGACUUCGACGCAGGCCGCAAGAGAGAGGACGACGACUGAGUCUCCAGAUGCAGCACGCGACAUCAUGGAGCGAGAGAAGGCUCGACUUUUGGCAUCGAGUGACCCGCGUGCUCAGUCGUUCGCGCGGACCAUAGAGGAGGCCACACGUCGAGAGAUAGGGGGGGAUUGUGUGCAGGGUGGGGUGGUGGCGGGGGAGGACGUUGCGGAGGGAGUGGCAGCAGAGCCGGUACCCGAGGCUAUGUCGAGUGUACCAGAGGCAGCGGACGUUGCUGUGGAGGGACGGCGUCAGGCGGUGGAUGAGGCUGUGCAAGCAGGACAGCGAGCACCUGUAGGUGAUCCAUCAUUGUCGCCCACAGGCAGAGGCUCUCGAUCCCCACACACGCCUGGGAGAUGUAGGAUUCGUGACACGACAGCAGUUCAGCAGGACGUGUGUGACACGACGAUAUUCGGGAGGAUGGGCAUAAAUUUGGAUUCCACCCGCUGUGUCACGGAGCACACUGCACGCCUUCAGUCGGGCUUGGGAGGAGGAGGCGCCAGGACGACAGCGGCGAGGGAGGUACCGGCAUCAGGUUGUGAGCCUCAGCGAGGUUGCGGAAGAGGAGUGUCCACCGAGACCUUGGAGUACGCUCUAAGAGCAGCGACGCGUGUCGUGCAAGAGCAGACUCCACGCAACCGUGGAGUGCCUCCUCGUCCACGCCCCGUGCCUGCAAAGGGAGGCGCUGCACUUGGAGAGAGUUCGGGGGCGGAGGGGUUGGGGAUGCCUCGUGGAUACCGCCGUGAGCAGACCGUUGCAGAGGCUAGUGCGAGGGUUGUUGUGUUGAGGAAGGGAGGAGGCCCAAUCACCAUCGAGGAGGAUGAUCCUGAUACGGAUGCGGUUGUGAGGGAGGCGGACAAGGACUAUGAGGGCGAGGAGGGGGGAGAGGAGGAGAGCAGGAGCGGUUCCGAUGGUGACGACGACGACGACUACGAUGAGCCCCCACCUCCCCCAGAACCCCCACAGACGCGUGCAUCUAGACGCUCCGCUGCGCGGACUUCUUCAUCCUCACGAGGGAGGAAGAGGUCGACAUCCGGCAGUCGAGGGGGUACGAGGAGACACAGCGGGAAGGGGAAGAAGGGUCGUUGACCAAUGAGGCCAACACUCCG